AUGAGCGACCAUCAAUCUGUACCCCAGACUCAGGACGGGUCUACGGAACAGAGUUUCGUAGACUCGGACUAUUCAUUCAAUGUCCCCGGAGCUGACUUCGGCGGCUUUUCUUCACUUCUAGUGACAUCUCAUGAGAGUGUGGAUCAAUGGCUUCAUGUGAGCUCUUGGUCUCAAGACGCCGCUUCUCUUGGCUCAAUGGAUCAAGAGAGCGGGUUUGGUGCGACUGCGGGUUCCCCGCCUCAGUCCCGCGAUAGCUUCUCCGAGGCCAUCUUCUCUUCUCCGAUGACCGGGAUGGAUUCCCAUUUCAACGACAUCGAUUCGGCUCCAUUCGUGUUCUCGAGUUCUCCCGUGCCGUUUCUCGACCUUCCUACCGCCUCAGGGGAUGCUUACAAGAUGGCAUCGCUCACUGGUUCACCAGACACCGCAGCCGCUCUAUAG